GGUGUCAGGCAACAACGAUCGGCACCUUCGACGGGCCGGGCAUCUGCACGAUCUAGACGCCUUUACUUGACAAAAACGAUGGGCUGUAAACAAUCACUGAGAGCGAAUAGUGUAACAUGGGUAGAUGCUGUUAUACAAGACGCUGAAAAGUACCGAACUUUUCUAUCGGCAAAGGUUGCUGCCUUGCAGGCACAUCUGAAAGAUCCACAAAUACCGUUCGCAAGUUUAGACCACUUUAAGGUAAUUAGUUACCUUGGGGCAGGCUCAUUUAGUAGUGUCCUCGAAGUUCAACACAAGGACAACAGCACUCGAUAUGCUAUUAAAAUUAUAAGAAAAGACCAAAUUACUACACAGCCAGGCUUGGCAGAGCAGGUAUUGAACGAGAAGAAUGUCCAUGCAGCCCUCGACUUUGAGUUUAUUAUAAAGCUUUACUUCGCCUUCAAGGACAACACUUGCCUAUAUUUUGUUUUAGAGUUCGCUACUUGUGGAAACCUUUACGACCUUUUGAAGCGGCGCAGACUGAACGAGGAUGAGGCUCGCUUUUAUGUUGCCCAGCUUAUUCUCGCGCUGGAAUACAUUCAUGCUGCGGAUAUUAUCUAUCGGGAUCUAAAGCCAGACAACGUAUUAGUAAAUUACGAUGGCUACCUCAAGCUGGCCGACUUCGGCCUUGCAAGACGUCUGGAUGAAAAGAAAAAAGCCUACUCGCUUUGCGGCACUGCUGAAUACAUAGCUCCAGAGGUCGCUACUACAGAUGGUUACAGAGGGUACGGCUUGGGAGCUGAUUGGUGGAGUCUCGGUAUAUUGGUCCACUUUCUAGUAUUUCGGAAAACACCGUUUGUUGCCUGUUCUCCAGCAGAAACAAUAAAUGCGGUAAUUCAAAAUAAGUUUAGAAUACGCAAAAUAGCCAAGCUUAGCAAGAAAAUCGAAACUUUUUUGUACGAAAUUCUUGAGAAACAACCCGAAGACAGGUUAGGUGUUAAGGGAAAAGGGGUACUGAGUUUGAAAAAUCAUUCCUGGCUAAGGGGUUACGAAUGGAUGACAUUGUAUAAGAAGAGAGUUAUUCCGCCUGAGCCAAAUCCUCAACCCCAAUGGGUACGGAACAUCGAUUGGAAGCCUGAGUUCUCUUCGAAGAUUCUUUACGAAAAGGAAUUCGAGCAUUUUUAGUUUUCGGGACUCCCUUCUUCCGCUUUACCCUCUCCGGUGUAUGCAUACACUGAGCUGAAAAUAAAUAUUUUGAAAA